UAAACGCAGCACUGGCUUGCAUAAACCCUCCUCGCUAAUCGCUUCUCGUCAGCUCAUCAGGAAUCAGACGUCACGCUGUCCUCAGUAGGAGGUAACGGAGACCAUACCAUGAAUCUGCAGUCAGAGGAACAAACGCACAGAAGCAGCAGCAGCAGCUCAACGACGAAGAAAAUGGAUUUAAGUGCCACCAUAGAGGAGAUGGAGACGGGCGACCAAGAUAGCGCUCUGACGGCUUUACAGAGCUACAACAAGCAGAUGAACCAGUGCUUUACAUUCAGCAGGGACGAGGAGAAGGACAGAGAGGAAAGAAAGCUGCAAAAGCAUCUGGGCGAGUUGGUGCUCGGUUUCCUAAACAGGGAGUUGCAGCCUUCCUGCCUGCUGGCCUGUCUGGAAACAGUUCGAAUCCUGUCCAGAGACAAACAUUGCCUGGAUCCAUUCAUCAACCACUCCGCCAUGUCCACUCUUGCCCACUAUGCUGGCAUUGCUGUGAACAGUACUGUCACACCUGCCCACAGCCAGCCCGUGGAUGGCCAAGAAGAGGGUGAGGGAGGAGACGAGGAAGAGACAGCAGGACUUUGCAGUAAUGCAGUGAACGAAGCCUCCCCUCCUUCAGAAAAUCCCGACCAGGAAGUGAUUGCUGAGGCUCUCAAGUCCCUCUGUAACAUCCUGCUACACAAUGAGACCGGACAGGUGGUAGCAGCAGAUCUGCAGCUGAUUAAAGGUGUGGCGGAGAGGCUGAAACAUUGUCACGAUCCUACUUGGAACCAUGACAUACGUUUCUUUGACCUGCGCCUCACCUUCUUGCUGACUGCCCUAAGAGUGGAUGUCAGGGCACAGCUGGCUCAAGAGCUUCAUGGUGUCAGUCUUCUAGGAAACCACUUGGAAGCCACACUGGGUCUGUGUUGGCCCGGUACCCUGGAGACAGCAAGAGCAGGUUUUGAAGGCUUCCCAGCCGAAGAGCUGCCUCCACUGAGCCGGCAGCAGACAGAGCUAGCUAUGGAGAUACUGAAAAUACUCUUUAACAUCACGUUUGACAUAAACAAGCGCAAAGUUGAUGAGGAAGAGGCAGCUGUGUACAGACAUUUGGGCGCCAUACUGAGACACUGUCUAAUGAGCCAUGCAGAUGGAGAGGAGCGGACUGAAGAGUUUCACAGCCAUACUGUAAAUUUGCUGGGUAACCUCCCUCUGCCUUGUUUGGAUGUGCUGCUGAUGCCCAAGGUGCAGCAAGGCUCUAUUGAAUACAUGAGCGUCAACAUGGAUGCUGUCAGCAUGCUGCUAAAAUUCAUGGAGAAAAGACUUGACCGGGGACAUAAGCUGAAGGAGACCCUUCUUCCAUCACUGACCUUGUUGACUGAGAGUGCUCGUAUCCACAGAGAGACCAGGAAGUUCCUCAGGUCAAAAGUGCUGCCACCACUACGUGAUGUGAAAAACAGGCCAGAGGUGGGCAAUACGCUGAGGAACAAAAUUGUCCGCCUUAUGACGCACAUUGACACUGAUGUCAAGGACUGUGCUGCUGAAUUCCUGUUUGUUCUCUGCAAAGAAAGUGUUUCAAGGUUCAUUAAGUACACCGGAUAUGGUAACGCUGCAGGUCUGUUGGCUGCCAGAGGACUGCUUAGAGGAGGCAGAGACUCUGGGAUCUACUCCGAGGAUGAAGACUCUGAGACAGAAGAGUACAGAGAGGCCAAAGCCCAAAUAAACCCAAUAACAGGAAUUGUAGAAGAGGAGCAGCCCAAUCCCAUGGAAGGAAUGACAGAAGAGCAAAAGGAAUAUGAAGCCAUGAAGCUGGUCAGCAUGUUUGACAAGCUGUCGAGGACCCGUUUGAUCCAGCCCAUGCAGCUCGGUAUGGAUGGGACGAUGAGAGAGAUGACAACAGAGGACCUGCAUAAACUGACCCACAAUCCUUUGUUCCAGUCAGAAGAGCCUCCUAAUUUAGACAGUGAGGAUGAAAACUAAUAAGCACAGAAGCACGAAGAGAGAAACGGAUUCCAUCCACGACAAUUCUAGAAAAACUGUCUCACUAUUUUAGGAAUUCACAUAUCAUGGGUAUCAUUAUGUUCUAUUUUACUCAUUCUGAUUGAGGGGCUUAGUGAUGCUAUGAAGCUAUUAAACACUAAAGAGUGGAAAAGAAGAUUCUUUAAUUUAUAUCUGGGAAAGAUAUCAGGGAGAAUGUAGCUAGGCAGGAUCGGAUGGUUCUCUGUAGGAUGACUCUGGAAAUCAAGAAGAAUGAAGGCAGAGGCAAGGAGUAAGUGUUGGAGAUGGAAGGAUGUUGUGCAGGGUUCAGGGAGGAGUUGAGAAAGGCUCUGGGUGGUAGGGAAGUGUUACUAGAUCUAGGUCUGAGAAAGUACAGCUGAAGUGGUGAGGGAACCUGCCAAAGAAGGUAUUUGGUGUAUCCUCUGGACAGAGGAAAAAAAACAAGGAGACUUGGUGGUGAAAUGAGGAAAUAUAGGAAGUAUUCAAAGGAAGAUGUUAGCAAAGAAAAAGUGGGAUUAGUAAGGAGAAAAUGAAGGCAACUAUGAAGAGGAUUAAGAGUGAAAGGGCAAUUGGUCUAGAUGACAUACUUGUAGAGAUAUGGAGAUGUGUAGGAGUGAGGGCAGUGGACUUUUUAACCAGGUUGUUUAACACAAUCCUGGAGAGUGAGAGGAUGCCUGAGGAAUAGAGAAGAAGUGUCCUUGUCCAAAUUUUCAAGAACAAGGCUGACGUGCAGAGCUGUAGUAACUACAGAGGGAUACUGCUGAUGAGCCAUACCGUGAAGAUGGAGAAGUAUAGAGAUGGUCCAAAAGAGUUACAGUGUGUCAUUGCAGGUCUAAAGAAAGCAGAUGAUAGGGUGCCAAGAGACUGUAGGAGGAAGUGAGGAGUUGCAGAGAAGUACACUAUUUUACCACAAGUAUUUGCUCAUCUGCCUUCAGGUACAUAUGAACUUCCUAUGAAGGAAUUGUUACCAUUGACCCACCCCCACGCUCGCCUGACCUAAAUACAGUAGAACACCUCUGGGACAUUAUGUUUCUGUCCAUUCAAUACCUCCAGGUUGCACCUCAAACUGUGCACAAGCUCAGUGAUGCCCUGGCCUGGAUCUGGUAAGAGAUCCCCCAGGAAACCAUCCAUUGUCUCAUUAGGAGCCUGCCCUGAUGUAUGAAGCUGUCCCACCCUUUGCAACUAUAACAGCUUAGGCUCCUAAACCAUAAGGUUUAAAAGUGUGUUUAUAGGAAUUUUUGAGCAUUCUUCCUGAAGCACAUUUGUGAGGUCAGAGAGUGAUGUUGGAUGAGAAGGCCUGGCUCACGGUCUCCACUCUAAUUCAUCCAAAAGGUGUUCUGUCGGGUUGAGGUCAGGACUCUGUGCAGGCCAGUCAAGUUC